AAUAAUAAUAUAACCUUUCGUAGACUUCACUGAUAUAUAUGCUCAUAUUCUGCGUGUUAACAAUGAAACACAUAAGACUUGUUUUAACUAACGAUAAUAAAAUAAAGAAUAAGAUAGUUUAAGAACGAGAGGUCGUUUAUAAAGAAUCUGUUUCUUAUUUUGUUCACUGCCUUCCCCAACGUGUAAUUUGAUAGAGCCACGUUUCUUUUACAAAGUCCAGUGUUAAUACUAUGAAGAUAAAUCAUUAAAUAAAAUAAAGAACGAGAUGGCCUCUGUAAAGAUCAAGGACAAAAUUAUUCUUGAAGCAGACGUUGUAUAUCUGCUGAUGAAAAAAGGGUUUCCCAUAUCUAGAAAUGUGAGAGCUCAGUGGAUGCUCGAGCAUCUGGACACAGUGAUCACUACCCAGUCUAAAAAUGUGAAGAACAAAGAGGCAGAAGAGCUGGAAAUAGUUUCUGUCUCCCCAAAGAGUAGACCGGAAUCUUGGUCAGAGGAAAUGAGCGAUAGAUUCGCUUAUAAAGUUACUUCAAAGACUACUAUAAUAUUUUUAGCCCAUAAGUAUAGAAUGGUUUUCAAUUUAGACCUGAGUCCCUCUUUGGCAACUGUGGAUAUCCAACAUGGUGAAAUAGUCAUAGACGAAGUCUAUACGGCAACUAAAAACUUCUUGGAAAAUAUUAUUAAACCUUUCACGUUACCAGGGUGCAAGAGGGUCUUUCAACCUGAGAUAUACGUCACGAUAAUUGCCCAUACUCCGUUCUUCACUAGCCCCGCGCAGCAAGUAUUGGUACAGGGUUGGCUAGCAACGAAGGAUAACAUUGAUCAACUGACAGUUUACGUAAAACAGCAGCUUCAUUUAUUGGAAGGAAAAGUGGCGCUCGUUACAUCCGUGGUGAAUCAACAAAUAGAAAGUUUGCGGGCAGAGAACGAACGAUUAGUCGGCGGAUUGUUCGAGGAGAACGUUUGUACGAACAAAGUGUCCACUACUCCGAUCACAUCGCCAGAAUCGAGUUUUGUUAAUAUAUUGAGAUACGGGAUGCUGGCGUUAAGUUUACUUCCGGAGUACAGCUGUGCGCAUAUGAUCAUAGUUACUGACGGUAUCCUUGGUAACCCGGACGGUCCCGUAUUAGAUUUCCUGAUGCAACAACUGCGAGCAACAACGAUCGCUUGCAGCUUCUUGCACGUCGGAAGUACUUACCACCCGCACUGUGGCGACGGACUGGUUCCCUACCAAGACUUGUUGCACUUUGUCGCUAGAGCAACGUUAGGCGUUUGUAUGUCCUAUAUACCAUACCCGAUAAAUCAAACCGGAACCGAAAUGAAUGUGUAUCAAAGAAACUUUUUAUGCUGGCUGUUAUAUCGUGAACCAGAUAACAGCAACCAUAACUACGAUAAUAAUAGCAACAUCAAUUGGACCUUAAGGAAUACGUUAUUUUACGAACAAAAAUCGACGCAACUUUUACAGAAGAAGCAAAUCGAGGAUAAAGUUACUUGUACGUUGAGCAGUUUAUUGUGUUGCCGAUUGAGAGAAGGAUAUUUGAUAAAAUAUGCGAAUAUCAAAGAUGAAAUGCUGGAAAUAAGCUUCGUUUUGUUAUGGAAAUCGAGCGUACUCUUAGAAUACGAUAUAAGUUGUCCGUGGACGACUAAAUCGUUGUCUGCUUCCAGUUGUAUACAAUAUACGAUUAGUAUAGAAGCUCCCUACGAAUUUCUGCACGAUAUCACUUGUCUAUCAAAGAAACCAUUGAAGUCCCAUUACCGGCAAGGCGUAGUGAAUCGAUUCUGGGCAACGUUGACGUCGCUGACGGAGAGCGACAACAUGCUAGCGCAUUUUAGUUGGUUUCCAGAGUUUGGAUGGACUUGGUACAGCGUUCCAGACACGAUUAGGAGCGGAAUGCCAGUCUUUUAUUUAUCGGCUUAUCCCUCGCCAAGUACGGUGCAAUUAAGCGAUGCGGCGUGUCCACAGUUCGCCCAAAUAUAUCAGCCAGUAGUUUCGCUGAGUUCCACGCACUGGUCUCGAUACAUGCACACGCAGCGGUUGACUCUUCUCCUCGCGCACGACCGACCUCUUCCCCGACACUUACAAUUGACUAACCAAAGCGGUCGAUUUCAAAGCAUACAAAGCCGGCAAUCGUUCGCUGUUCUAUCGGCUAUGCUGAAAAAUUGGUCGACAUUCGUCCUGGUCGAGAAUCAUACCUACGUACAAUUCAUUUACCGGGAAAUUGACAAACCGCCUGUUUCUUUUUCAUUAAUACGGAUCAAUUCGAAGAACUUGGUAGUUGUAUUAAAUAUUGCGUUCGCCGCUGGCACGGAAGGUGCCGUCAGGCACAACGUGGUCGGCGAUUUAUUAGAGAGACUCGCGAAGCUCACUUUGCCUAACAGGAACACUGAAAAAGAGACACCGUCGUGCGUGAUCAUCAAGAAAUCGCUAGAGAAGAUUUUGAUUAGAUAUGAGAGGAUGCCCAAGGAUUUUACUGUUGUCAAUUUUCCUGACGAAUACAACAAGCUCAAUUCCGGAGGAAUUACCGCUAGCUUGUCUAGAUAUUUGUACCAUAAUAGAUGGUUGUGGCACGUUAAGCGACCGUUUGUACAAAGCAUACCAGGUGUCGUGUUACCAAGAUUAAAUAUAACUGCGAUUGCGAGAAUUCUCUCUACCAUUACAAAGAUGCGUCUAGCUGAGGGUUUCAACUUCACGUAUUCCGCAUCGGGUAUACUGAAUAUGGUCCUUGAAGUUCAAAUGUGCGGCGUUAAACAGAACGAUGAAUGUUAUCCUUGUAUUAUUCAAUACGUGUUGUUCCCGCCUUAUGUUACGUCUAAUACGAUAUCCGAGCGAGAUAGUACUUCCGAAGAAGACACCGAUGAAGGUACUGAAGUUAGUAUGGACGAUGCAGAAAACUUUGGCGAUUUCCAAAUAAUUUCUGAGAUUUGGAUCGAACCGCAACAUGGCUUCACGAAAUUGUAUUCACAAGGUACGGCUGGCUACAUGAAUCGUCUUCAAUAUCAUGAAAUUCCAGAAGCGAUCUCAAGAUUAGACGAGGAUUGCGUGAACGCGUUGCUAACAUUGGAAUAUCUAUGCCUACUGAGCCAACUGGCACCAAAUGAAAAGAGUACGGAAAUCGUAUAUGGCCAGACGCCUCAUUAUAACAAAUAUAAGAAAUCUAAUAAAAAUGUAAGGAACAGUAAUAGCAAUAAUUGCAAUAUCGAGGACUCGUGCGGGGGAAUCGGGAACGUCGAGGAGAGGAUAAAUAUAAGGAAUUUCGUUUUCGAUGCUUUAAAUAUAUUACCCAAAUGCCAACAGGCUGAAUUGUUAUACUCAAUGUUUAAUGAUGGGAACAACGAUGAGAAUCUAGGAAGCGCUAAUAAAAUAUUAAUGGACAAUUAUUUAGAAUGCAUAAAACAAUUGCAUAAUAAGGAAUUAUUGUUAACUUCUGCCGAAUCGCAAAGAUUCACGAAAUUGCUGUUGGAAAGGCGAAAAGCUGGGGGACUGCCACUAAAAGAAAAUUACUGGGAUCUUGAUCAUGCUUCGGAUUACCGCGGUUUCCACACAAUCAUAAUUCCACGAUCGAGCGAUACUCCUAUCUCAAGAUUAGACGAGGAUUGCGUGAACGCGUUGCUAACAUUGGAAUAUCUAUGCCUACUGAGCCAACUGGCACCAAAUGAAAAGAGUACGGAAAUCGUAUAUGGCCAGACGCCUCAUUAUAACAAAUAUAAGAAAUCUAAUAAAAAUGUAAGGAACAGUAAUAGCAAUAAUUGCAAUAUCGAGGACUCGUGCGGGGGAAUCGGGAACGUCGAGGAGAGGAUAAAUAUAAGGAAUUUCGUUUUCGAUGCUUUAAAUAUAUUACCCAAAUGCCAACAGGCUGAAUUGUUAUACUCAAUGUUUAAUGAUGGGAACAACGAUGAGAAUCUAGGAAGCGCUAAUAAAAUAUUAAUGGACAAUUAUUUAGAAUGCAUAAAACAAUUGCAUAAUAAGGAAUUAUUGUUAACUUCUGCCGAAUCGCAAAGAUUCACGAAAUUGCUGUUGGAAAGGCGAAAAGCUGGGGGACUGCCACUAAAAGAAAAUUACUGGGAUCUUGAUCAUGCUUCGGAGUGUCCGCGUUGGAAAUGUUUUAUAAAAGGAAUCACAGCUUCUCAUGUUAUCAUUACUAUUCUACCAGCCUCUGACAAGGAUGCUCGAUUGUUUAUCAAUAAACCAUCAAGCAACAAAGAAUUGCAUCCAAACUGCGAGGAAGAUGAUUCCGUAAAUAGCAAUGAAGAACAUUCUAAAAACGUAGAAAAAUAUUCUAAAGACGAAGAGCAUUUAAUCAGCAAAACAGACGGAGAAGAGUAUUCGAUUAAUAAGAAUGAAAAGUAUUCGAACAGCGAUGAAUAUUCAACGGUUAAUAACGAAAAUUCUGAGAUGCUUAAUACGAAUUCGAGUUCGAUUGGUGAAUUAAAUAAAAUAGAUAGGAAUGAUAACGAUUGCGAGGAACCAAAAUUAUUUGACCUUUGUAAUAAUUCUCAAAUUAUUAACGAAUCAAGCAGGAUGAUUAAAGUCAAUAACGAUUCUAAAAGUUCGACCAUUGAUUCUUCUGAUGAUUCCAAGUGUUCGAAGAGAGAUUCAAAAACUAACGAAGAUUCUCUGAUGAUUCCGGUUUAUGUAUACGAUUGUUCCUUGAGUUUCCUGAUUGACACUUUCGUCGACAAGUUAAAAGCGACGCGUAACAAGGAUAUCUAUCAGGAUAACAGAUUUCGGAUCGAGGGAAAGGACCAUGGGGAUAUAGUUGAACUUAGGGAAUGCGGAGGCGCCGGUUCGAAGCCAGUGACCCCGGAGCCGAGGAGCGAAGACUCGGACAAUACUUCUAAUGAGCAAAAGAGUCUUAUGGAGCAUUUGAAACAGUUGAGCCUCUCUCACUGCCACUGCUUCGUAGUCGCGGUGUACACGUCCCUCGUUCUCAACGAACCCUUGACUUACAACGACAUGGAAUCGGCGAUCGAACAGUGCGAGGAAUCUCUGAUCGAAAUUAAUAUUACAAGUUAUUUACGAUCGGUCUGUAAGCAUUUGAACAAACUGGAAGACGAGGAUCGUUUGAGUAAAUCGGGAACGAAGGACUGCGAUGGAGUUAAACAGUUGCAUGAAUUAGUUAAAGAGAAAUUUGAGAGGAUCAUCGGAGUGGCGUUCAGGCCUGUUCCGGCUCAUCCAGAAUUUUAUUACUGCGCGCCGUCGAAAACUGAGAACGACACGGAAUUGGGAGAAAUGCAGAAAUCGGACAGUGAUGAUGAUUUAGAAAAUUUAAUUUUUGAUGGGAAUAUUAAUAGAAAAGGAAAUUCAUCGUGGCCACCGUUGAAUACUGAUUUUCAAACGAAAACCUCUCAACCCUUAUUUUUACAAUUGAGCUGCUCGAUUCGUUUAAAACAUCGUUCGUUAUUAACUACGGUCCCUGUAAAAAAUUUGCCAACUUGUUUUUUCGAAAUUCUGGAAAAGCUGGAAAAUCAAGAAGCUGAGAAAGACGAUAUUUUAAAUUCGAAACUGUCUGAUUUGAAAAUCACUUUGGACAUUAUUUCUUUGAACUUGCCGAAAGAAGUUUCCGAGAAAUAUCUGGAGGAUAAUAUAAAGAAUGAUAUCUUCGAGAAAGAGGGGAAGAUGAAUUAUUUGAAGAAGAUGAAUUAUUUGAAUUCAGGACUAUUAUUAUUAUUAUUUCUAGGAAAUUCAUCGUGGCCACCGUUGAAUACUGAUUUUCAAACGAAAACCUCUCAACCCUUAUUUUUACAAUUGAGCUGCUCGAUUCGUUUAAAACAUCGUUCGUUAUUAACUACGGUCCCUGUAAAAAAUUUGCCAACUUGUUUUUUCGAAAUUCUGGAAAAGCUGGAAAAUCAAGAAGCUGAGAAAGACGAUAUUUUAAAUUCGAAACUGUCUGAUUUGAAAAUCACUUUGGACAUUAUUUCUUUGAACUUGCCGAAAGAAGUUUCCGAGAAAUAUCUGGAGGAUAAUAUAAAGAAUGAUAUCUUCGAGAAAGAGGGGAAGAUGAAUUAUUUGAAGAAGAUGAAUUAUUUGAAUUCAGGACAGAAUAAUGUUAUAAAUAAUUUAAAGGAGGACAUCGAAUGGAUUUUAAAAGACGAAACGGCCACCGCGUUUUUAGAUAAAAAUAUCGUCGACGAUGAGAUUUUGAAAUUCGUUAUAAAUCAUGUUUUCGAGUCUGCAGACAAAUUUAGUUGUAAAUUCGAGAAGGUCCCGUUGAAUUUCGUUUUCUCUUCCGAGGAAAGUAAACCGAAGUUCAUAAAUGAAUUGAAGAAAUUGGAGAUUUGCGAAUAUUGGUUGAGGGAAAAAGGAAACUUCUAUUACUUAGAAAAAGUGAGAAAUAAUAGAGAAAGACCAGAAUUGAAAGGCGAUCUCGCGGACAGUAUGCCAAAACAGGAAAGAGGUCAAGAUGAAAAUUCGAGGCAUUUAAGAAAAAUAGAUUUCGAUGAUUUCAAGAAUGAAUGUUCAUGGUUGGUCGAGCUUGAGAAACGUGAGAAUUCGUUGCCAAACUUUUGGUUAAUUCUCAGCGUAGAGAACGAUUUUGUGAAUGUCUACUUUCACUGUAGAUUUUUGGAAAUCGACUCGCCGGAAGUUCUCACUUACAACCAAACCCAGAACACUUUGAUCACUCAAAUAAAAAGUAUUUGCCGUCGAGUGAAUCAGUACUUGUUACUCCAAAACCUUCACAAGACGAGUAAAUGUUCAGAGUUAUUAGAAUCUGAGGAUUACAACAGCAUGGAGGAUUUUAAUUGGAGAACCGAGGCGAGGAAGGAAACUCUCAGCGUUCUUAAAAGUAAAGAGGGAACGCAGAAUUUUACACCGGGGAUGUUUCAAUGCAGAGUCGUAUGGAAAUUUACCUUCAGAUUGCACCCUAGACUGAAGACAGGACCUGGAAGACCGGGGCUGUCCAGAGGAAUCAAAGCUUUACACGGCGUACUGAACAGAUUCGCAGUGACAAAUCGCAGUAAUAUGUUCGUUUACCAAGAGAACAACAAGAACGUGUUUUAUCUCCGUCUCCACGAACAAAUCUCCAACAACAAGUCCCUUCAAUCGAAUCUAUCGGACGACUCCGAACAGCUUCUCGUAUCGCGAAGCAACAGCGUCGUUUCUCUAUCGCAAACGACUUUGGGUAACAACAACUCUAGCGAUACGCGUCCACGAGUUCGUUCCUUCAGCGAAAAACAGUCGAACGUUUUGAACAAAGACUCCGAGGAUUCUAUAGUGCUUAUGGUCCACGGGAUAUCCGAGGCUGGCCCGGAAGUAAAGCACGACCUGGUUCAGGUUUUACAGAACCGAUUAGACGACGCUGUACUAGAAGUUCUAUCUGUAAUGUUAGCCAGGAAUCCGAUGUGUAAAUUAACACCAGCCGACGUUUGUUUUGUCCAGCCACCGACGCAACCUGAAUCCAUUAUAGAAUUAACCAUCGGCGAACAUUGUCUACCUUAUAUCUCCGCUUUAGAAUUCUAUUUGAAGCAAAAUAUUCUUCAAUUCUUAUACAUUCCGAAGUACACGGAUCGAAUCGAAUGUCGUUUUCGAGACCACUCGGAAUUGGAUAAUGAGAACAUUUUCCUGUAUAAUCAAAGCCAUUCUAGUGGUAACAAAGGGAUUGCUGUUAUUGCUUUGUCAGCGGUGAGCAACCGAGUUACAGAUUGCGGAUCUACAACGGCAGAUCAAUCGGCUGAGAAUUCUGCAUUAAAGAUGAAUGAUUCAGUUAUGGGCCUCAAUUCGUCGGUGCCUGGUGAUACGAUUUACAAACAGAGUUCGUGUUUCUUAGACAUGGAUUUGGAAGAUUUUGAGAAAAUAGUCUCGACUUCGAUCUCGGAGAAGAGUGUCAAAAAUUCGGACAGUUCGAUUAAGUUCAAAAUUUGGAAACAGGGGAAAGUGAACUUGGAAUCGCUUUCAGGAAAAUUAAUUUUAGCAGUGAAACAUUCCGUCUGGGACUUGGUCACUGAGUACAAAUUCCUAGCGGCUCCGUUUUCUGAAAAGAUCAAUCAUCACGUCGAAGAGGAUAAAAUUAAAGGCAGUAAAGAGAGUACUGACGAAAGUGAAGAGAAAGUUGUCGGGAAUGAAAAGGGCAUUAAGAACGAACAGAGCUCUGUGAGAGAAAAGAAGAAACUUAUGAGAAACGAAGAGAGAUCGGCCAAGCAUGAAAAGAAAUUCCUUAAAACCAGCGGGUCAAAGAAAGGUGAAGAGAAACAUGGAAAGGACGAAGAGAAUUGUAAUAGAAAAGAAGAAGAACAAUCUACUAAAAACAAAGAUAUAAAAAAUGAAGAAAAACAAAAUGCAAGUAAAGCAGAAUCGAUGGAAGCUGAAGGAGGUGAAAAAUUGAGCGACAUAUAUUGUUCUACUCUGCCAAAAUGGUUCAGAUUCGCACUAGACAUAGGUGUGCCGUCAGUAAAAAAGCACGAGGUCAUUAUUGACCCUAGACACGCCAUAGGAACGAUAAUCAUAGAAUUAGAAAACAUUAUUCAAAGUCAAUCCUCAAACACCUCGUUCAAGGCUUUUGUAUUAAAAAGCAGGCAACCGUUUGUGGAAAAAUUCGAGUUAGACGAACAGGCGAUGGUAUCGAAAUCCACUGAACGGAAGAAAGAAUCAAAGAAGAAAGCCGAAGUUCCAACAUACAUACCAUGGGAUUAUAAAAAAGAUAUGCAAGGAGUCUUUACAAAGUGUAUUUUAAUAGCUAGGAAUUUCGAACAGCGGAAGCCAUCGUUUAGUAAUACCAACGAAACGGAAUCGUUAGUACCGAAAGAUCAGAAACUCUUACAAAAAUUCAAUCCUUUGAUAUUAGAUUCGAAUUUCGUUAAGGAAGGCUUCUUAUCAAGGCAAGGAAUAUUGAUCGCUGAAGUGCAGAGCGACAAAGUAACUUUAUACAUGUACCACUGGUCGAAGGAGAAGUCUGAAAAGAUAAUCAAGCAGACAACGAGCUUAGGCUCUUGGCUGUCAUCUAGAUCGAGCUUUUUCACGAACGUCACUAUGCAGAAAUUAGGCAUAUUCAGUCACAGACCGAAUCACAAGAACAGUUCGCACGUGAUAGAAAUCGAAGGUUUAACGAAAUUCGAGAAGAUCGGUAAAGACUGGAACAAAGGUAGUAGCAAAGGGCAGAGCAUGAAUAUGAAAUAUUCAUGGAACGAAGUAAUGAGAGAUGUGAAAUGUAGUGAUAACAGCUAUCAUAAUUCGCAUUAUGGGAACGUAGAUCCGAUCGCAAAAGCUGUUAAUGAAUUGCAGGAAUUGAGAAAUAAAGAAAAGAAAGUCAAAGAUGAUCUAAGUAAACUAUGUGCGAUGUGGCCAGACAGGAAUGUCGUGCCUAAUAUACCAAUUUCUACUGCUGCUCUCACCGCGUUUAAACAAUAUUCUCGUAUAAUUCAUUUCUGUCAUACACCAUUAUUGUUUCUACCAUCGUGGCGCUUACAAUCCGCCGCGACGAGAGAUCAUUCGUUAACCACAGCAGCGGAACAAUCAACGUUGAACAACUGCCAUCAAGAGAAGCAUAAAGGACAGGAUGAACCAAAUGAGAAAUGGCAUCGAGAAUUAUGCGAAUCGAUGUUAAAAGAAUACAGGGAGUACCUUCAUUUCCUCGGUUUUUGUUCUGUGGACGUUGAGAUGAAGAACUCGGAGGGACAAGCGCAGCAACAAUCUUAUUAUCUGAAGAAGUUGAUGCUUGGAGGUGUUCUACUCUUUGAGAUUCAAUUGUCGGAACCAUUUUUCAUUGUUAAAUUAAAUAUCAUCGAGUGCAGCCGGCUUCAAACGAAAACUACCAGCGCCUCAGUUAAUCAAUUCAUGCUGAGUUUUGUGGACGCUUGUGAUAAAAUAAAAAUCAACAUGCACCUGCAUUCGUUCACGUACGAUUUUCAUUUGCGUUGCAUACACUCGUACAUUGCUAGGAGUGGAUCGAUGGAGCAGGGAUAUCACCUGAUUAAUUUUCUUGAUGAUUUUAAUAAAUAUUAUAGCAAAGCACCGAAUUAUGCGAGAAAUCUUAUAUACAGUGAUACAAUAACCAUUCCAAAUCUACCGAUCUCUGGCCGCACUCUUUAUUCGUAUUUACUUACCCAUUACAAUCUGUACAACAUGGUGGCUUUAGAAAUGAGACAGCCUAGCCACGAUCCCGAAGCCACCGAGCACGUAUUGGUAAAUCUAAAUCGAUUACCCCUAAUAGAUUCCCUCGAUUCACAAGAAUCAAGACCAGAAUCGAACGAUUUCGAAGUAGUACUCAUCGUCUCCUUACUGUCUCAAAUUGAGAAGAUGGAAAUUGGUUUAAAGUAUUAUUUAAUACUGACCAGUAAACGUGAGGUAUACCCGAAGAGGGACAUGGAGAACUACAGCACUUUGGGUAAAUUCCAAACCGUGCAUAACGUUGAGAAAUCGAAGAGUUCUAGCAAAGAAAUUACUGCCGAAAAUCCUAGUUGCCAAGAACCGAAACCGAAUUUAAACGAUAAUAAAUCUCAAACCGUUAAUUGCGGGAAUAGUACCGCGCCGGUGCCACCGCCGGUUCCCAAUUCUCUCUUCUCUCGGAAUUUAAACGUGUCGAAGAGUUCGGAAACGAGUUCGAUACAAAUCCGACAGGAAUCAAUCAAUUAUUUGGGUUACUAUUCCUCGCACGAGCAAUCGAUGCAAAGGACGAUUGCAUUGAAAGCGAACGAGGCUCGUUCCAGUAUAAUUCAAAUGAUUAAUAAAGGUGCGUUGCAGUGUAGAACGCAUUUGCUCUGGAAUAAAUUAUUAGACAGCAAGUCUACCAUGAAUUACGGUGAAUUUAUGGAGUUAUGCGAAUUGGCGAAGGUCGAGCCACUGUCCAAUAUAGAUGCGAGAUUAAAAACGUUCCUGAAUCAACCUAUCGCGUGGUACCAGGCUCUGAUGAAGGUUCUCCAGAAUAAAUAUCAGGAGAAUCAUAAGAUUUUUAAUACACCGGAUGGAAAUGUCACCCAUUUGCUUGUAUUGCAUCCCAGCUACUAUCAAGUUUUUAUGAUGUUAACGAUAGAUCUUCAUGCCACAAGAGGGGAUCUCUAUGCGGUCUAUCGGAAGUCAGAAGAAUUGAUUAACACCCCAUAUUGCGUGGAAGACACAUACAACUUAAUCGAAGGUUUUGUUAAUGCUUGCUGUUUCCAUUUAUGGAUGAAUCUUUGUAGUUAACAUUCCAAACACUUGUGUAUAUAUUUCAAAUAUUUAUUGUUGUUUACGUGAAAAAUAAUUGUAUCCAUUAUUAAAUAACACGUCGUUUUUGUA